UGUUUUAUUUUUAACCUAUAGCCAAUGUUUAAAUACCAUAUGUGGUAAAAAGUGAAUCAGAAGAAAAAAACAUGGCAGAGUUUUGGACAGUCUGCCUUCUAUCUAUUGCUAUGUUUAUAGGAUGUGCGGUUGCAGGUUGGAUACCACUUGCGUGCACCUUGUCACAGAGAAAAAUUCAACUUUUUACCAUCUUUGGUGCUGGACUGUUAGUUGGUACAGCACUUGCAGUAAUUAUUCCUGAAGGCGUUCAAACAAUGUACACCACACCCCCUGUUGAAGUUAUUUCUUCUAACCUGGAUCAUGCUCAUGUACAUGAGAAGUCAGAGAGUGAGGAUGAAACAGGCGUUCUGUUUAAAAGUGCUCACAUUGAAGAAGUAGAAGAUGUUAAAAAGCAUGAGCACCACCACACAGGAGGACCCCACCAUGUUAUUGGAGUUUCACUUUUGCUUGGAUUUGUGUUUAUGUUGCUUGUUGACCAACUUGGAGGAGCUGGCCAUUCUCACCCAACUGAAAUAAGAUUAGAGGCGUCCGACAUAGAUAACAGUGAAAUUUCUGCAAUAUCAGAUGAAUUGAACCAGAGCAAAGUUGGCACGGCAAGAUCCCAGCAGCCUGACCAGCGAUCCAAAGGUCACACAGCUACAAUAGGACUGGUGGUACAUGCUGCAGCAGAUGGAGUGGCCAUGGGUGCAGCUGCAAGUACAGACCGGUCUGAUCUUCAGUUCAUUGUGUUUCUCGCUAUAAUGCUGCACAAAGCUCCCGCAGCUUUUGGUUUGGUGUCGUUCCUUGUACACGAAGGUCUAGAGUUACGUAAAGUGAAGCGACAUCUCUUUGCUUUCUCAUUGGCAGCACCUUUACUAGCUGUUCUAACUUUCUUGCUUCUUAACCAGAAAGACAAGCAACUUCUUGAGGACUACAACGCUACUGGUAUUGCUAUGCUGUUCUCAGCUGGCACUUUUCUCUAUGUGGCCACUGUGCAUGUCCUGCCAGAAGUUUCUCAUUCAAACUCAGGGAAAGGAAAACUGGGUUUAUGUGACGUCUUUAUUCUAGUUAUAGGCUGUCUGUUCCCCCUUAUACUAAACCUAAGCCACAGCCACCAUCAUUGAGCACAACCAUUAAUACUAACACUAUUUAUACUUGAAAAGUGCAAUGCCCCUAAAAUUUUAAUUAGGCCACUUAAAAUUAAUAGCAGGCCUCACAUAACUGUUUCUUACAAAAACCCAAAUCGCAUAUAAAUUAUAUUUAUAUAUUGUCAACUUUAGGUGUUUUUUUAAUUUGUGCACAUUGGAAUUAGUUUUAGAGUGUUUUAUUAAUUUAAGUUACCAACUGUUAAACAUUCUUUACGCACAGUACUUGCAACAUCAUCAUUUUUGAUGCGGUUGUCUUAUAAUACUCAUGUAUUUUAUAAAUACGCACUUCUGACAGAAUACUUCCUACUUAAGUCCUUGAUAUUCUGCCCAAGCUUGUGCCAUGAUGCUACCAGCAUACAGGGAGUUAAGUGUAUCCAGCCCACGUGUUUUUUGCUGCUUUAUUAGGGUUUGCUGUACAGCUUGGUGAAUGCUCCGUUGGUAUUCUUGUCGCACUGUUUGACCGGCUAAUUAUUAGCUGUUGUGUAUAAAGUACCGUGGUAUACCUACUGCCACCAUGCGAAAGUGAUAUUUUUCUAUCUUUGCCGUUAGAAGCGCCCGAGAUCUGUUUUGUAGUAAUUACGUCAUUGGAGAAGCACUCAACCAAAAAACUUAUUUUUGACUAUCCGUAAGUUACAAAAUUGCCAAUUCAAAAUGUUACGCUCGUUUUCAAUACAAUAUACUUCAUGCUUAUAGGU